UUGCAGCUGAUUAUUUUGUUGUUGUUUAAUAUUUUGCUAAUAAUGUUAUUGAACUUGAUCACACGCAAUUGUUUACUUAUUGUUGUAUUGUUUACGUUCGCAUUGUUUACGCAACUUAAUGCUGUUGGAUUGCGAGCACCUUUCAACAAUACAAUUACAAAUGCCAUAAAAGAAGCUCUCUUUUUUGGUAAUUCAUCGAUGUCAAACAAUACACGGGAUGACUGUGUAUGGCGUAAAGGAAAUGAUAAAGAUGCAUGUCCCGAUCCUGAUAUCCGAUAUAUAUUAUAUACAAGUGAACAACCGGAUGUAAAACAAAUUGUUGAUUUAAAUCAAGCUGAUUGGCUACGUAAUAGUAAUUGGAAUCCAAAUCAUGAGAAUAUCUUAUUAAUACACGGAUAUGCGGGCGGUGAUGAUACAUUACCAAUAAUUGUAUUACGAGAUGCAUACUUAAGAAAUGGUAGUUACAAUGUCUUUAUGGUUGAUUGGGGGAAAUUAUGUGAACCACCAUGUUAUCCUGCCGCUGUUCAUAACACACGAGCAAUUGGACGAUGUACAGCAGAAUUUUUAUCAUACCUCAGAAAUCAUGGUCUACCAAUAGAAAAAACAACGUGUGUUGGUCAUUCAUUGGGAGCACACAUCUGUGGCAUUAUGUCAAAUUACUUAUUAUUCAGGAUGCAUAGAAUUAUCGCUUUGGAUCCAGCUAGGCCACUUGUUCGUCCUGGAAACAAUAACAGGUUAGAUAAUGGCGAUGCAAAUGCCGUACAUGUAAUACAUACAAACGCUGGUCACUAUGGCGAAAUGGGACGAGUUGGUCAUGCGGAUUUUUGUGUAAAUGGUGGAAGAACUCAACCUUUUUGUGAAGUAACAAAUAAUGUAGAUCUUUGCAGCCAUGUUUGGGUAAUCUGCUAUAUGGCAGAAAGUAUUCAUGAUGGUUUGGCAAGAAAAGCAGAGCCGUGUACACGCCGGUGUCCAAUAGGAAUGUUAUCAGGACAUCGUUUUGGCCUUCCUGUAAAAAUGGGACAAUUUACACCUACAACGGCAUCGGGUUCUUAUUGUAUAUCCGCAAAAACUGCACCGUUUUGUCCGAAAAAUCCUGGAGAUAUUGGUGAUGUUCGAUGCUGUAUAAAGCCUGAUACGCUAAAUUAGUUACAAAAAAUUAGAUACUAGUAACGUGCAUAUUUGUAUUUACAAAUUACAAAACGACAAAAUUCACAAAAUUACAAAAAAAGUUUAUUACUAGAUAACAAGUGCGAAAUUUUUUAACCUCAAUUAAGCACCACCAAGUAUAUAACCAAUUUACCAUUAAGUGAACACACGGCCUCAGACCUUCCCUUCGCGAAGGUCUAUAAUAUUUGUAUAUACAGACAAUUUUUUUGAAAUAUAGGCAAAUUUUCU